AUGUUGGAGAAGCACGUAUCGAAAGUCGUGAAGCCUCUGAAGGGCGCUCAGGUGGACACAGACAGUUUCUCGGAAGCUCUCAAACCGCGACAUGUGGCGCUGUCGUUGGUGGGCGAACCAGUGAUGUACCCGAGAAUGGCCGAUUUUCUCCGAGUUAUGCACAGCCCUCCGUACAGUAUGUCGACGUUUUUGGUUACUAAUGGACAACACCCUGAGGAGCUGGGCAGUCUCCCUCAAGUGACUCAACUGUAUAUUUCUAUUGAUGCACCGAAUAGUGAGAAGCUGAAGAAG